AUGGAAGGCGUAAACUUUUUAUUUCGUACAUUAUGUACAGUGACCAUUUUGUUCUCAAUCAGUGCAUAUGCGACCGAAAAAAAGUUGAUAGUUGAUCAUGAUGGUGGCGCUGAUGAUGCAAUGGCUAUUUUCUUGGCAUUGCUUAACGAAAAAUACUUCGAUGGCCCUGAAGUAGUUGCUAUAACUACUACACAUGGUAAUGUUGAUGAAAACCAGGUAUUUUAUAACACUCAAAGAAUACUGAAUGUAGCACAACGGCCCGAUGUUCCAAUAUAUAGGGGAAGUCCAUCAGCGCUUAUAAGAGAUUUUCCAUCAGAUUUAUAUUUCGGGUAUGAUGGAUUAGGGGACAAUACAACAACGGUGGAACCCAUAGCAGCACAAAAGGAAAAUGCUGCUGAAGCACUCAUAGCAUUUUCAAAGAAGCUUAAAGGUGGACUGACCAUUGUAACACUGGGACCGCUCACAAACAUCGCAUUGGCAAUGAAGUUGGAUGCUGACUUCAUGUCGAGACUGUCACAAAUAUUUAUAGCGGCGAGUUAUAUUUACACCGACAAUAUUCCGCAGAAAGUUGAAUUUAACGUUAAAAUGGAUAUAGAAGCUUACUAUAUUGUUGUUGAAAAUGGUUUACUUGACAAAGUCACACUUAUCCCUUCAACUACAGUCAAGAGUUAUCUGAAUCUAGGAAAGGUUUGGCGACUCGAUAUCUUAGGGAAAAUACAAUCGAAUGUUAUAAAAGCUAUGAAUGUUUAUGAGAGAAUAUCUUUAUCCAGAUCGAAUGAUUGGCACCCUUUAGACGCUGCUGCGAUGUCAAUAGUGCUGAACGCAAUGAUUGUGGGUGAAGUUAAAUAUACAUGGAAUUAUUUAAAUUUAUGUGGUAACCGCCGAGGGAUGACCGAAAAUAAUUUCAAUUUCAAGACACCUAAUGCUAAAAUAAUCUACACCCUGAAGAAGGAGGCAUAUAGAGUUUUCUUACUGAAAAUAUUUUCAGCUGAUGUUGAAAGUGAAAAUUAA